UCAGUUUAGGCUGCCGUUGAUGUAAUGAUAGUGGUUUAGUGACAAGAAAUGUAGUCGUCAGCAACAUGAGUAUGGCAACGUUAGAGAUCUCGCAGGACACGAGGCAUGGUGCACCAGAUGUUAUGUUUGGUGAUUUUAGUGAAAGCGAGGUGGCAUCUAUAAUUUACAACUCAAAGUUGUUCAACAAACAAGACUCACUUUCGUUUGGUACUUUUAGUGAGGAAGAGAUCAAUGAGAUUUUAGAUGCAUCUCACGCAGAAAAGAAGUUUGUUGAAUUCGAUUUUGAAGAGGUAGUUGCUCCUCAAAUAACCCCAGAAACGUCUCCAGUAAAAACUGAUGAAGUCAUCGAGGAGACACCUGAAGAAAUCAUAAAUGGUAACGAGGAAACACCAGUUAUCACCUGUCCUCCAUCUCCCCCUAAAGAUCACCCGAUCGUGCUGGACUUUAGUUCAUCCCAGCAACUAGCUCCGCAAGUUCCAAACCUGUCCACACCAGAACGCACAGAUAUUGACGAAGUACUGAAAAUCCUAAUAGAAGAAACUGUGAAGUCCAGUUCUUUUUCUGCUCCACCCGCCCCAACUCACCAGGCAACCCUGCAAUCAUCAUUCCCAUACAGCACUCAGCCGAAUACCUGGUCCACUGGUCCUACCGCGCAAGGCUGGCCCAAUCCUACCAAGAGUUCCUUCACAACAGAUUUUUACUCAGCUCCUCAGAGCACUGAACAGAUCUGGUCUAAGCCUCCUGAACCUACAUCAGUUUGGUCAAACGGGACUGGCAACCAAUGGUCCUCCUUGUUUAAGAACUCUGAUCUCAAAGAGGAGGAACCUUCUAAAAACGUUCUUCCCCAGAUCCUCUCAGAAAACGUCCCCACCUCAAUCAAGGACCACGAGCUCAUGAUGCUGGGCUCGCAGCUGCAACUCAUGACUAUUUCCCAUCACAUGCCUGUUAACAUAGUUCCCAGAGGUCUGAUAAACAAGUCAACCAACUGUUUUGCUCAUGCGCCUCUGCAGGCCCUCCUCGUUUCACCUCUCUACCAUGUUAUUCAACAGAUAGACUCCUCGUACGCCCUCUCGCCCGUCCUCAGUGCUGUAAAGCAGUUCUUCAAAAGUUUUAAUCCUGCUCUGGGUGUUGUGGACAAGAUGGAUCCACCAUUUGAGCCCACGUGUAUCUACGAGAUGCUGAGGAACAAGAUGCCUAAUUUCAAUGAAAAUGGUAGACAAGAGGAUGCAGAAGAAUUCCUGGGAAUCAUCCUUUCAAACUUACACGAUGAAAUGGUUUCUGCCAUUAGAUCAGCUAAAAAAACAGUUUCCUUGGCUGAUACAGUUCUCGGUUCCGGUGACGAUGGUGAGUGGCAGCAGAUUGGGAGAAAAAACAAGAUUCAAGUUACACGAAACACAUCAAACAACGAGCCCAGCCCUGUCAGCGAGCUGUUUGGAGGUCUAACCAGAUCUGUUGUUUCAAAAGCGGGAGCUAAAGAAUCGGCCACUCUUCAGCCCUUCCUAUCUGUCCAGCUGGACCUGCAGCACCAAAACAUCACCUCUGUCAGAGAUGCUCUGUGCCACUUCACUCACAAGGAGCAGAUAUAUCUUAACGACGUGAAGUGUUACCGCAGGGAAACACUAGAGUCCUUACCGCCCGUUCUUAUCCUCCACUUAAAGAGGUUUAUUUUCGAUGACGCAGCGAAAUCAUGCCAGAAACUUCUCAAGGAGAUAGACUUUAACAUAGACAUGACGAUAUCAGAUGACAUGAUGUCAGCAAUAGGCACAACAUUAACUGCCGAGAGACGCUACCAUUUGUUUGGGGUCGUCUACCACCAUGGUUCUCACGCUACAGGGGGACAUUAUUCUGCCAUGGUUUAUCAUCCUUAUAUUCAAUGUUGGGUUAAUGCUGACGAUGAUAAAGUUGUCCAUCAAGAUGACAAUGCAGUCUUGAAGCACAUUCCCGGACGGUCCGCUUACCUUCUUUUCUACAAACGUGUUGCUUAGUUUACCAUGAUCAGGCCAUUUAGUACUCCCUGGUUGUUAUCUCCUUUUAUUAGAGAACAUGAUUUUGGUUGAGUGGAAAUAAUCUGGCUAACCAGGAGGAAGUUAUGAUAAUUUCUUUUAAAUUUAAUACUAUCUUUCCACGGUAGAAUGACGACGAUUUGUAAAAUAAUUGCUGCUUGAAUUUGAAUGCUCUGAAAACUGCUAACUUUGCAUCUAAUUUACUGUCUCAGCAUUUUUAUCAUGAACUGAAAGUUUUUUAAUUUAUUGCGAGUGCUAGUGUUUCCCUAGUUCAGAAAUGCUUAGUAUAUGAUUAAUGAUUCCAUUAUUGUAUUUGCUAGUAUUUGACUGUCGCGCUAACUUUAAAAAAGUUUAAAGUUAACGAUUGUGCCUUCGGAAAACUAAGCAAUUUUCAAUAAAAUCCGUUCACAGUCACAUGGAUAUUAACCAAGCUACUGCUUUAAAAGCUAUAACAAAAGUAUUUAAAGCUUUCAAAGAUUCACAUUAUAUUUAAAAUAUAUAUGAUAAUGUCCAAAGUAAAUUUUCAUCUUUUAUAAAA